AUGUCCUCUAAAUGGACCUUCAAGGCCCAGCCUGGCAUCUUUGUUGAACUCGCUGACAUUGCCCAUCAAUAUCCUGGAGAAAAAGUCACGACGCAACCAAACCUGGGCCUCAUCCCAGAUCAGAAAUAUCCUUCUGAUGACCCAGAUACACCCGAUCAGAGGGACUGGGCCCGUCUUGCGGCUUAUGUGAGAUGGCUCAACGAGAAUAGCUCUGGCAAUGUCUCAUACAAAGUCUUGUAUCUCACACGACAUGGCCUUGGGGUACACAAUAAGAUGCACGCCCAAGUAGGCUCCGAAGCGUGGAAUACAAGAGUGUCAUUCCAAAAUGGGGACGGUAAAGAAACCUGGUUUGACGCCUUUCUCACCGAAGUCGGUGAAAAGCAAGCUCAAGAUCUCUACUCCUUCUGGACCGAUCUCAUCAAAAAGCAAGGCGCACCACAUCCCAAAAUCUUCUACACAAGUCCUCUAGCGAGAUGUCUUCAGACAACAGACAUCGUCUUCUCACCACUCAUGGCCUCACAAUCACCGCCCCAACAACCCAUCGUCAAAGAACUCCUCAGAGAGCGCAUCACCCGCCACACCUGCGACUACAGGAGGGAUCGCACAUGGAUAGCCGAAAACUAUCCCAGCUACAAGAUCGAAGAUGGGUUCGAGGAGGAGGACCAGUUCACCAACAGAGUUGAGCCUGAGACUGAUGAGGAGCAUGUUGUGAGGAAACAGAGGGCUUUGGAGGAUAUCUUCAAUGAGACUACGAAAGACGAUGACUUUAUAUCGUUGACGGUCCAUUCAUCCUGCGGGCGUGAGCUCGUUGAGAAGAUUCUCUAUGUAAUGGACGUCAAGAACAGAUGGAUUAGGUUAAUGGUCAAGACGGGGGAGUUCUGCUCCAAUAUCCAGAUGAUCAUUGGGAGGCCUUAUUCAUCGCUUUCAAUGAACAGGGCUCUCGAACGAACGCCGACGGUCAGUCCAUCGGUCCAAAUCUCGGCAGCAUAG